AUGAAUGACCCUUCAUUGAAUCGAUAUUCAACUAUCAUCUUGGAUGAAGCGCACGAAAGGACCCUCGCAACAGAUAUUCUAAUGGGUUUGCUGAAAGAGAUUUGUAGAAAACGGGUCGAUCUCAAAGUCAUCGUUAUGUCCGCUACACUGGAUGCAGAAAAGUUCCAAAACUACUUUGGAUCAGAGACACGCCCUGCUCCCUUAUUAAAGGUUCCUGGUAGAACACAUCCGGUGGAGCUGUUCUACACACAAGAGCCCGAGCCUGAUUAUGUGGAAGCUGCUAUUCGCACGGUACUAUAUAUCCAUCAAGCCGAAGAACCUGGAGAUAUCCUCGUGUUUCUGACCGGAGAGGAAGAGAUAGAAGACGCCUGUCGCAAGAUAAAGAUCGAGGCGGAUGAACUCACCAAUCAAGACCCGACCAUUGGACCACUCAUGUGCGUUCCUUUGUAUUCAUCACUUCCCCCACAGCAGCAACAGCGGAUCUUCGAUGCUCCCCCUCCACCUCGAAAACCAGGCGGACCACCCGGCCGCAAGGUUGUUGUCAGUACGAAUGUUGCCGAAACGUCUUUGACUAUUGACGGCAUCGUAUACGUAGUGGACCCAGGUUUCUCCAAGCAGAAAGUUUAUAAUCCACGAAUACGAGUCGAAUCACUUUUAGUCUCUCCUAUUUCUAAAGCUUCGGCCGCUCAAAGGGCAGGUCGUGCUGGCCGAACAAGACCAGGAAAAUGCUUCAGGUUGUAUACAGAGAAAGACUAUGUCAAAGAACUGGAAGAGCAGACAUAUCCCGAGAUUCUGCGGAGUAAUUUGGCAAACACUGUGCUUGAGCUCGUCAAGCUAGGUAUUAAGGAUCUAGUGAGAUUUGACUAUUGUGACCCUCCGGCUCCUGAGACUAUCAUGAGAGCCCUGGAGCUGUUGAACUACCUUGCUGCCCUGGAUGAUGAAGGAAACUUGACCGCGUUAGGAAGUUUGAUGGCAGAAUUCCCUCUUGAUCCGCAACUAUCCAAACUUCUUAUAUCUAGUCCUGAGUUCGAGUGCAGCAAUGAAAUCCUGACCAUCGUAUCUAUGCUCUCCGUCCCCAAUGUAUUUUUGAGGCCUCCGAACCAACGCAAGGAGGCAGACGCCGCAAAACAACUUCUUACAGUACCGGAGGGAGAUCACCUGACCCUAUUGAAUAUUUAUAACAGUUAUAUACAGACUCAAGCUGAAAACGUAAGGAGCCAAAUCCUGCGGAUCAUGGAAAGAUCUGAAAUAGAGCUCACAUCGCGAGCUAUCGAUGGGCCAUCCUUCUACGACAACAUUAGAAAAACACUCGUUUGUGGCUUUUUCAUGCAAGUUGCUCACAAGACAGGAGAAAAGAGUGGCUAUAAAACUGUGAAAGACAAUCAGGACAGCUCGUCUCACUACAUCCGUCAUGCGGACUUGAUACAACCCCAGAAUGGGUUCUUUUCAACGAAUUUGUCCUCACAACCAAAUCAUUCAUACGUACUGUUACAACAAUCAGGCCAGAGUGGUAAGCCGGGCAUCCUUAUUGCAGCAUUAAUUAAUUAUAACCAUUUCAGGCUCCUUGAAUAUGCACCGAGCUACUAUAAUGUCAAAGAGUUCCCAGACGGCGAGACAAAGAGUGCAUUAAUACGGGUUUUCAACAAGACGUUGGGACGUCAACUAGGCACGAAUACCGGAGAUGAGCACCAUAAGAGGAAGAAAAAGAGAGUUGAUGAGAGUACUAGAUCUAAGGUCUACACACAGACCUUUCAAGGUCUCAGAAAGCGUUCCCUUUCUAAAGACGGAGCAUUGACCGCCUUUCUCGUGGGUUCAACGAUGCUGGGUGCUGAAGUUAAAGCAUUCGGUGUUACCUUGCUUGUCUUCUAUUUUAUCGGGUCCCGAGCGACUCGUAUAGGUAAAGAUUUGAAAAAGAAGUAUGAGGAUGGCGUUCGAGAAGGAUCUGGUCAAAGGGAUGCUUUCCAAGUGCUCUGCAACUCAUUACCUGCCUUCAUUGCAUGUUUAAUGUGGAAAGGAAUGUUCUCCCAUUCAAUCUUCUCCAUAUUCUUCGAUGGACUUGGGCGCGACAGUCGCAUUUAUGACUCUGCCGCCACGUGCGCUUUGGCCCCUACCUACGGAGAUGGUUGGAGUCGAUUCUUGCUCUUAGUUGCAUUGGGACAGUUUGGGUGCUGUCUUGGUGAUACCUUGGCUUCCGAGCUCGGCAUCCUGUCCAAGUCCAAGCCCAUAUUGAUCACUACUUUCCAACGCGUUCCGCCCGGGACGAAUGGGGCCAUGUCUCUACUCGGAACGGCCGUCUCAAUAUUAGGGGGAGGAAUAGUUGGGCUAACGAUGGCUUUGGAUCUCUGGGUUGAAAAUUCAGCAUGCAGGAACGUUGGUAUUCCGGCCUUCCUAAAUCUUGUUGUUCUGGGCUUAGUGGCCGGGGGUCUCGGGUCUUUGCAAACUCGCUAUUCAACGACUACUAAGAAGAUCCUUACAGAUGACAGUGCUCCCCAACACAAUUCGAACGUAUCUGUCAUAUCCGGACUUAAUAUUCUUACGAAUAACCAAGUAAGCAACAUUCCCAGCCUACUCCCUGAAGAUAGUCUGAUCUCCUCGCAGGUGAAUUUGGUAUCUUCAGCCAUGACGGCCGCAUUCAUAGCAUUAAUAGGAUGA